CUGAUCAAAACCCCCCCCUCUCGGCUGAUAAUCGUUGAGAAACGAGAGUCAGAUCCUACCGGGCCAUUCCACCAUGUCCUCGCAUCUCCCCAUCCGCCGCACUCUGUGCCAGUGCGUCCGAUCAAACCCGGGGUCCGCCUUACGACACCUCCCACAGCGUCAGCAAACUCGGCUCCUAUCCUCGUCACGAUCACUCCGGGCCGCCGCAAAUCCGUUACGAAAUGCCUCACGCUCCGGGCGCAAGAGCCACACGGAGUAUAAGCGGUCAAUUGUCCUAUCCGCUGCCGGGAUGGCUUCGUGCGCAGUGGCCAUGUUCGGGGUGAUCAACAUCUAUUUCCCGCAAGGAGUGCAAAAGGAUGAUAGCAAAGAUGGCAUAGAUAACGGGGCCAUAAAGCUUGACGGCCCACCGGGAUUGGCUCCAAAGGACGAUUCAACGGUGAUAAUCGACGGCGUCGAGCAGGUCUCCACGGGAAAUUCGACGAUCCCACAUUUCCCGAAAUCGAUCCGACUACCUGCGUCUUUAGACUCGCCCGACUCACGUCGCCAAUCCGCCCGGACCCCCGGUGAGGAAAUCAAAAAGAGUGGCGAGAAGGAAGAAGAUUACUACCUUCUUGGCUUGGGUAUUCGCACCGUGUCAUUUCUCAAUAUCCAGGUCUAUGUUGUAGGUUUCUACAUCGCAGCUUCAGACAUGGCGACGCUGCAGCAACGUCUGGUUCGACAAGCAGCCUCGCCAUCUAUAAGCGGAGUCCCCAACGAAAGUGCCGUGACAGCAACCUCGUUGGUGCCAAAGGAACGAGAGGAUUUGAAGAAGGCACUUCUUGACCCCGAACAGGGAGAGGAAGUGUGGAAUCAAAUUCUCAAGGAAGGCGGGAUACGAACGGCCAUAAGGAUCGUUCCCACGCGGAAUACGGAUUUCUUACAUCUACGCGACGGAUGGGUGCGGGCGAUUACCGGUCGUGCGCAGAGGGCUAAUGUCAGAGCGAAAGCACUUGCUACGAAGGAACCUGAUGCACAUCCGCAAUCUGAGUUUGCGGAUGAUUCGUUUGGCGAGGCUAUGGGUGAUUUCAAGGCGCUGUUGGGUGGUGGCGGCGGCGGACGCAAGAGUGUGCCAAAGGGCCAGACAUUGCUUCUCCUCCGGGACAAAGUAGGCGCGCUGGAGAUCUUGUAUCAACCGGGGGAUGCGAAACCGAGUGUCUGGCUGGGCGAAGUUCUAGAUGAGCGGAUCAGCAGGCUCUUGUGGCUGCAGUAUCUGGCUGGCAAGGUGGUGGCCAGUGACGGAGCGAGGAGGGCCAUCAUCGAUGGAGUUAUGGGGAUUGUUGAGCGACCAGUGGGAACGGUCGAGCAAAUGGUUGCGUGAUUGUCGCGGUUCAAGACAAGAGAGGACCUAAUGUGGACCUCUCCUUUUCAUAAGUGCUGCAUGCUUCUUGAGGUCCCUAUCGGCUUCUUUUUUUGGAUGCAGCUUACUGUGUAUUAUACUAUUACGUUUAUAAGAUCUGACGAUACUCGCCUCAGCAUUGGUUUCCGCAAGUUAGUUACAUCUGGUAUGCUUUGAUAUAUCUGAUCAAUCAACGGGUAUCUGUGG